AUGAGACCCAUGCUGGGAGUGUCGGUGGUCAACGGUACAGUAACCUUCGAUGGCCUAGCCUGGUACAUCAUCCAGUGUCUGCAGCAGUCACUGCGAUUCAAGACACAGCUACAAACGACUGACGAACAGAUCUGGUCCAGCCGACGUGCCACUGGAGAGUGGGGAGGUCCACUUGGAAUGCUGGAACGAAACGAGUCCGACAUCACGGCGCACCCAGUAAUACCGACGGCUGACCGCCUCACGGUGGGCACACCGCUACCAUCAUACGUGUACUCCAACCCGCGAUACUUCGCCGGCACGCCCAACGCCUAUAUCACCAGCGUGUUCGGAUACCUGAUGAGCUUUGACUUGGAGGUCUGGCUGGGACUGCUGCUGUGCUGGCCCCUGGUGAGCGCUUUCAUCUCCCUAAUCGAAGCGGCACGGUCUCCAGUGCGGUUCAAGGACACCAUCACCGACAACCUCUUCGACAUCCUCGGCAUCAUGAUGUUCGAAGGCACUGUUCGUCCCGUGCGUGACGUCAUAGGCCGCGUGGUGUUCUCCGUGUGGUGGCUGUCGGUUCUGGUGCUGAUGAACUCGUUUCAAGGAACGAUGAAGGCCAGCAUGAGCGUCAAGACACCGACGGAACGCCUGGAGACCUUUCACGACGUCGCCGUGAGGCCGCACCUCAAACCGAUCAUCGUACGAGGAACGACGUUCGAGCACCAGUUCAAGGUGAAGAGAAAUACAUCUACACAGCCUGGUCAAGAGCACGACCACCCGUUAAAUAUGUUCGCUCUGUAA